AUGAAAUGGAUGGACGGAGGACGAGCGACAGAACCGAGGAUACAUGCGCCAAUGCGCGACCAAAGCACCAACUAUUCCUACAUGAGGCGCAGCUUUCCCGUGCAACUCGCGCGCGUACCUUUCCCGCGCUUCACGAUGUAUAUGCGCGCGCGCUUUCCCGCGCUUGAGCGCCCUAUAGCGCCAGCCAUCCGGAAGCAUCCAUCCACUGUCCACCAAGUUCCCUAUGUCUUAUCAUCACUUAAGCAAACUCGCUCAUACCCUCUCUUGUUUCCGCAUACACGCGCCCGCAUUCCCGCGCUUCGCGCAUUCUCGCACCUCAUACAGUCAGAAGCAUUGUUCAUGCCUCGCUGUAUCGUUGAACCUUCAACGGGUCGCGCUGUGUUUGGAAGAGAUGUCAGUCUCUACAAUGCUCUGGCUCAAAUUGUGAUGGACCACAAUGGUCUAGAGAUGAUGAAGGUCUCUGAUACUCCUAAUUGUGGUGCCAAUGACAUAUCUCCCCUCAUUCUAGACUCAGACACACAUCUACCUGAAAUCACAUUACAUGCAGGUCUGACAACAUGUGCAAUCAUCACAACAGAAAAGCUAGAUGUUACCCAGGACAUACCAAGGAAGGAUAAGAAUCACAUGAACAUUAACUUCUCGAAUGUUUCUGCGGAUUUGAUGGACACGGAGGCGGUAAACAAUGGAAACAGCGCCAAUAACAAUGGGAAUUUGAGUGUGGGCACACCCAGAGAAGGGAAAAGGAAAAAAGAAGACUCAGUGGCAUUUUCUGAUAUAAAGAUAGUUGUGGUUUUUGCUGUACCUCUGGCCACAUUUUCCAUGAUGAUGAAUGAAAAUAAUGCUCCUCGCAAGAAAUGCUGGGAGUGGUUGAGGCCAAGUCAUUCAGACCCUCAUUUGGAUAUCACCCCUCCCACCCUCAAACCGAAUUAUGGGCAGUCUUCCAACUCAGGCAUUGUGCAGUGUGUUGACAUCUACACUCACAUCGAACAUCUCGACCCAAAGGUUCAAACAAAUUUUCGCAAUGCCAUUACUUCUCAAUUUUGUCAAGCUUCAAUUAGAUACAUUCAGCAAGGUGAUGGAGUGUCUCAGGCAACUUUUCAAAGUUAUAUAUUGUAUCUCAUGUGGGAUCGGUGCUUUACAAUGGUCCAUGUCACUAUGUUAAUGAGCUUCUUCAACUCCUUCACACACACACACACACACACACACAAUAAUUGGAUAUUUGGUGUCUCCAAUACUAGCACAUUAGCGCCAUUGCUGAUAAUUGGUGACUUACUCAAGUAUGCAAAGCAGAUAUUCAAGGCUCAGAAUCCAGCUAGAGGUGAAGGGAAAGGAGAAGGGAAGAUGCUGUGUGGGGGACAGCUGGUUGCUGCUGGAGUUGCAGUGGAGCUUGCUAAUGGUGUAGUUUCUGGUCUAGUGGAAACAUUCGCAUUUAAUGCAGACCGACAGAUUUGCUGCGUCUACUGGACAAAAAUAUGCUUCUUCAAGGAUUGUGUGCGGAAAUUUCGGAGAAGUGAGAGAAUCAGUGCAUUUACAUGUGGUCUAGGGUCCACUUUGAUUUGUUCACUAUUUGUGAAUGGGGCAAUGUUCCUUGGAUUCGAUAUAGAUUCACCUCUUGCACAAAGCUCAAGGUGCAAACUCCUUGACAAGCUGAUGAUCGGCCAGACCAGGCCAAAACCCCUAGGUUGUUGGGCCACAAAACCACGGUUAAGGUCAUCCAGCCCUCCUCAUGGUCAGAUGCAAGAUGAUGACAAUGACUAA